AUGGCGAAGCAAAACAUAAAAAAAGUUGGAUUAAAUGUUUUCGUGAAUGUUCAGAUUCAAAACAUUGUAAAGAUGAUGACGGUAAUUGCUUUGAACGCUGUAAAAUCAAAUGUGGUGGCCCGAAUCCACCCCAUGGUCCUUCUUCUGCCCCACAGAUUUUACAUGAGAGGCCAUUGGUAGAUGUUCAUGGAAGGCAACAAUGAUAAUAAAAAAAUUUGUAAAAGUUUUAUGAUGUUGUCUACUAUUUUUAACCUUAUGACACAAAUUCAAUAAAACAUUUU